AUGGCUUCAAUGAUUUCCUCCCUUGUCGUGGCGGCUAGCAAAUUGGAAGAAACUCAUGAAUCAAUCGAUGAUAAUCUAGCUACCAUCAACCCAAAUGAUAUUCUACUACGACGAGACCUGGAAUGCGACGUCUGCAAAAGUGUGGCGUCGUCUGUCAAUAAGGAACUCCAGGGUGAACGCAAUGAGGAGGCUAUCAUAGCGGCCGUGGAUAAUGUUUGCUCAUCAUUACCGAAAAGGGACCAUGGGAAGUGCAAUACCUUUCUAGAGCAGAAUGCAAAUGGGCUUAUUCGUGUUUUGGUUGAAGAAAAGGAUCCCAAUCUAUUAGCAUACGGUUAUUCCCUAGCAGGCUUGGUCGAUGGAGCCGCUGACGAGAUGUCAGACGGUGCCAUUGAUUCAUAA